ACAGGGUUGGAACUAUCUUAUUUAACGCAGCUCGUCAUAUGCGCUGAAGCUCCAAGCGCACGAGCACAAGGGACACCUCGAACACAUUAUCCAUGGUCGUAACACGCAGGACGCCAGUCGUCCCCCCACCGCCCACCUCGCGCACAUCCUCCCAGCAGGCAUUGCCUCGCACAACUCACACUCGGCCACAGGACGACACAACGCCCACUCCGAGCCCCCUAGCCAACGGGGACCAUGACGAGUCGCAUGACGAGUCGUCACCUCCACACAUCAAUGGACACGCCAAAGACGGUCCAAACUCAAGAAAAGCAAAUGUAAAGCAGAAGGAAAAGGCGAAAGCAAAGAAGCGUGGCUUCUUCGACACGCUCUGGCUGCUCAUGUUCACCGCAUUUGCUGCCUACACCCUAACAACCUGCCCCUACAACGAAUCGAGCGACUCUCUCGUCUGCCGCGGCCUCUCUGGCUACCGCGACAUCGUCAUCGAGCCCUACAUCCUCCCCUCCCUCUACGCCGCCCUCGACCACCCCUCCGUCGCGCCCUACGUCGAGAAAGUCCGGCCCGUAUACGUCGCCUCCAAGGACAUCUUCGACACCCGCGUCGCACCGCAGUGGAACCGACGCGUCGUCCCGGCGUUCUACAACCACAUGCUCCCCCGCUGGCACGCGCACGUCGUGCCCGUGUGGACGCAGCACGGCGCGCCGCUGUGGGACGCGCAUGUCAUCGCGCGGUACGAUGCGCUCGUCGCGCCGCAUCUGCACGCGUACGUCUACGGGCCCUGGAACGACAAGAUUGUGCCUGUGUGGACGCAGCAUGCCGCGCCGCGGCUCGUGGCUGCGCGUGCGUUCUAUGUCGACAAGGCGCGUCCGGCGGUGGACACCGCCGUCGCUGCGCUCUACAGGUGGCAGCGGGCGUCAAGGCCGUACGUCGCGCGCGCGGCGGAGCAGAGCAAGAAGCUCGCGCCGGUGGUGCGCGUGCUUGUCGAGCGUCUUGCGGUGCUGGUCGAGUUCCUCGCUGCGCAGAGGCGCACGUUUGUGGAUCCGCAUGUUAGCCGUAUUUGGGAAAAGGUCGUCGAGCUGAGCAGUAGCGGCGGCGGCGCCAGCCUGCACCCGGACUCGCAGGGCACGCGCACGUCCUCCUCCAUAGUCGCGGAGCCAGAGGCUGAUGCCGGGGCCAAGGCCGAGUCCGUCCUGCGGGAGACGCUCAUGCCGGAGGGCACACCCGAAGCCAUCCCUAUCGCGUCGCUCAUCUUUGACCCCUCCGCAUCCGAGGGCAGCCAGACGGCGUCGGUGCCCCAGGGCGCGACGCCGUCGACCGCGGAGCAGCACGCGGAGCCCACACGGGCCCCAUCAGCAGCAGCCCCAUCCCUCCCCUCCGAGCCCGAAGAAAUCGACCUCGACGCGUUCUACGAAGAGCUCGGGUUCGCGUCCCCCACCGAGCCCGCCGAAACGCGCUCAUCAUCCGCCCUGCCGCCGCUCGCGCAACGCACCGCCGCAGCCGCGGCCCCCGAGUCCGAGUCUGAGCCCGAACAAGGCGGCCCGACGCGCGACGAGCUGCGUACAAGGCACGACGCGUGGGAGGCGCAGCUGCAGGCGCAGAUCGGGGCGUCGUUCUCGAGCCUGCGCCUUGCGCUUUCGGCGCUGAGAGAGCAUGCGAGCGAGGAGCUGAGUGGGCUUGAUGAUAGGCGCGGUGUGGAGCCUGGGUCUGGGACCGGGGCUGGGAUUAGCGGGGUGGUGGAUGCGCUCGAGCGCGAUGCGGAGCGGUAUGUGCGCGGUGCGCGCAAGUAUCUCAAGGGGUUGGUUGGUGAUGGGAAGGCGAAGGCGAAGGGUGGUAAUGCUAACGGCGGUGCGGAGGGGGGCAAGGAGCAGCUGUGGGCGCGGAUGGUGGACAGGGUGGAGCAGAAGUUUGAGGAGCGGGCGAUGGAGGCGGAGGGGCAGGUGAACGCGUGGUGGGUGGCGCUUGUGGAUGCUGAGCUUGCCGAGGUCGCGAAAGCCGCGCAGGCGGUGCGCGCUGUCGCGGAGAAGGCGCAGGGCGAUAUGGCCAUGGACUAUGCUUACCUCGACGACGUCACGUACCUCGACUGGCAGCGCUAUCACGCGCUGAUGGACACCAGCGACAAAUUCACGGACGAGAUGCGCGCCCUCCAGAACGGCACGUCGCUCGCGAACCCGGUCGUGACCGUGCUCGAGGGCCUCGAGAGCGAGGUGAACGACGUGCUGCUCGGCUUCGACGCGCAGAUCCGCGCGCUGCGCCAGGAGGGCCAGCUCGCGAUCGAGCGCGAGGCGGAGGCGCUGGCUGCCGAGCGCGUUGCUGCCGCCGCGGAGCUGCCGUUUGCGGGCGAGGCCGAGGACCAGGACCAGGAUCAGAAGGCUGAGGCGGUCACUCGCGUUCCUGUCCCUGAGGAAAAGGUGGAGGAGCUCGUGGAGAGCGCGGUCGCGGAGGUUGUUGAGGAGGGUCCCGAGUCGGAGUCAGACGACGAAGAGGAGGGGCCUGAAGUGGUGAUCCUGCCGGUGGACCCUUUGCCUGAACAGCCCGCGGCGGAAGAGGUGAUUCCGCCUGUCGUCAUUGGGCGGGGCAAGGAGGAGAUUCUGGAGGCCUUUGGACGCGCCGACCCUGAGUCGAUCGCGGUGAAGACCCCACGGAGCACGGAGGCCCAGGGCAAGGAGAAGCCGUCUGUCCGUGAGCACGUUGAGCUCUAAGCUCUGAGCUCGUCGUGGGGUUUGGUAGCUGUGUUGGUUACGCUCCAGCCUCGUAGUGAUUCCAGUUUAACAUUUUAUUUCUCCUUUCCGACGCGGUCCUCAUGCCUACAUACUUACUAUGCCAUAGACUGUUUUAGCUUUGCUUGGAAAAUUCGCCUUGCCUACUUACAUUUCAUCCGAUCAUUCAUCCUACGCAUUCCGCUGUUCUGUUUCGCUCGUUGAUCCAUCCGGUACUCACUUAUUUCACUUUACCAUAUCGUAUGCCUACAUUUCUUGUUCAAUGUAAUCUCUCGCACAAAGCCUUUAUCCGC